GUUCCAUAAAACGCAGGGAAAUUCAUUAAGGGCUCAGCUCCAUGAGUAAAUAAGUCUCUCCCAGCUCAUUGAAUUUAUUCUUCUUAACCAUCUUUAUCAGUUUCUUCUUCCUCCUUUUCGUACGAUAUGGCGCCCAAAAUUGUGGUUUUUUGCGUCUAACGGAGAUAAACAGGGGGUUAGAACCCGCCAUUUCAGCACAUAUGUAACUCCACAUAAGCAAGAUUUCCGAACUGAAUGCACAACUGCAGGAUCUGAUUACGUAUGCAUUAAAACCGUAGCAAGUCCUUCAAGCCGCGAAGAGCCGCGUCUGUUAGAAAGUGCAGUGCGUGCCCAGCUCCUCUGCACCCGCGAGCAAUGUGGUGCACAGGGAUGAUCUCGUUUCAUCAUCAUCAGCAGCAGCUCACGGUGGGGGGAGAUGCAUCACUUUUACUAUAAAUACUGACCGGCACUACGGCAAGUGGAGCACAACAUCCCAGCGGCAACGAGCAUGGGACCACUGCACAUGAAGCUUCAGGUGCUGGUUGCGGCACUGGUUUGCACGGCUGCAUGCGCCAGUCUUGACAACACGUACCUACCUCCUUCUGGAGCAGCCGGCUCUGGAGGUUCUCCUGGUGCCAUCCAGGCUCCGUUUGGAGGAUCAGGAAGAGGUGGCAGCGGUGGAUUCGGAGGAGGUUCUGGAGGAGGUUACAGAGGUAGUAGCGGCGCAGGAGGUUUCGGUGGUGGUGUCGGAGGCGGUAAAGGCGCCGGAGGUUUCGGAGGCGCAUACAGCGGUGGAAGUGGUGCUGGAGGCGGUGCCGGAGGUUUUGAAGGCGGAUACAGCGGUAGCAGCGGUGCUGGUGGCGGUAGAGGCGCUGGAGGUUUCGGAGGCGGUGCCGGUGGUGGAUACAGCGGUGGAACCGGUGCCGGAGGCUUUGGCGGUGGAGCAGGAGGUGGACCAUCAGGUCCAGUGGUUCCAAUUUUGAGCUACGAAAAUGAAAACAAUGGAGAUGGCAGCUAUUCCUUCAGUUACGAGACGGGAGACGGCACCCGAGCCCAGGAGCAGGGUUUCCUGAAGAACGCAGGCGCAGGGCCCGACGCCGAGGCGCAGACAGUUCAGGGCUCCUACUCGUACACUGGUCCUGACGGCAUCACCAUCAGCCUCACCUACACUGCCGAUGAGAACGGGUUCGUCCCACAAGGUGACCAUCUGCCCACCCCUCCGCCCAUACCAGAGGCCAUCCUCAGGUCCCUGGAGCAGAACGCACGCGAAGAGGCCGCAGGGGCAGCUAGAGGCGGCGGUGCUGGCGGAUAUCCUAGUGGAGGCGGCGGUGGUAGUGGUGGAUAUCCCAGUGGAGGCGGCGGCGGUGCCGGUGGAUAUCCCAGUGGAGGCGGCCGCGGUGCCGGUGGAUAUCCCAGUGCAGGCGGCGGCGGUGCCGGUGGAUAUCCAAGUGGAGGUGGCGGCGGUGCCGGUGGAUAUCCCAGUGGAGGCGGCCGCGGUGCCGGUGGAUAUCCCAGUGCAGGCGGCGGCGGUGCCGGUGGAUAUCCAAGUGGAGGUGGCGGCGGUGCCGGUGGAUAUCCCACUGGAGGUGGCGGAGGUGCUAGUGGAUAUCCCAGUGGAGGCGGCCGCGGUGCCGGUGGAUAUCCCAGUGGAGGUGGCGGCGGUGCCAGUGGAUAUCCCGGUGGUGCUGGACGUUAUCCAGGUGGCGCUUCCGGAGGAGCGGGGCCAUCAGGUGGUUUUGGUGGCGGGCGUCCCGGCGCAGGUGGUUUUGGCGGAAGUGCUGGAAGCCAGCGUCCCUCUACACCGUCAUUCUCGCCUCAAUCUGGAUACCAGUAUCCCAAACCUGGUAAAUAAUCGAUACGAACUUUAUCAGAAUAGCUGUCGCCAUUAGUACGUUACUUACAUAACUUAACUGUAUUUCCACAUUAGCAUGUAUGUAUGCCGUUGUAAUACAUUACACUAUAUUCAGAAUGAAACUAUCAGUGAUGUUGGUACUUAUUUCGGGGAACCUAUUAUAGCCUCACCAAGCACUCACAUCGCUGAAGGAUCCACUGUGCGCCCCCGAAAUUUUAGGGCCUUCAAAGAGGCGAUACUAUGAUACUAGACAAGAAAAACGCUGUUAUCAGAUUAUAGGCAGUCCCCGACUAGCACGAUAAACGCCGUGUACGGUGAAAUCAUAUUGGCGUGCGUGAAUUUUCUGUAAGAAAUGCUGUAAUAUAAAGAAGUUAUUAUGAUGAUGGAGAAUUUAGUGGGAUGAAGAUUGGCAGGGGAAACCGAAGUAUUCGGAGAAAACCUGC